AUGAGCUUCUAUGGGGUGAUUGUUGAAAUAUGGGAACUUGACUAUGGUCAGUUUAGGGUUCCUAUUUUUAAGUGUGAUUGGGUAGAGAAUCAAAAGGGUGUUAGAGUAGAUGAUCUUGGGUUCACUUUGGUUAAUCUGAAUAGGAAAGGUUAUCUAAACGAUAGUUUUGUUUUAGGAAAAAGUGUGGAGCAAAUAUUUUAUGUUGAAGACCCUGUAGAUCGUAGGUGGCAUGUUGUGAUAAUGGCGGGAUCACCAUCUGCUAGUGUAUCGAAGAAGACAAAGUCGAAGGAAAAACGUGCGAAGCAUAAGAAGACCAAGUCUUUGAAGUCACCAACAACAUCUUCAUUUUCUGAUGGAUCUCACUCAAAUAAGGGAAAGUCCAAAAAGAAAGAAGUUGAACCAACCGGGGGCCUAAAGUUGCUGAAGCGGCAUGCGGUGACUAUGUCACGCAUUACAAGCCGCAAGAAUCGUAUUCAGAAGAAGGUUGUUUUAUUUAACCGAAAAGGGACCCCUUGUGGGAAGGUGGCUAAGCAAAUGCAAAGCUACAUUGGUGUAUUGGCAAGAAGGAAAGUACCGAUAAUAAGGGAAAACUGGAAAGCGGCAACUGAUGAAGAGAAGAACAAAAUCUGGCAACGUGUUCAGUGGAGGCAAUUCAAGUCUCUACUUACUUCCAAGUACAUUAUCCCCUAUUUGGAUGACCAUGAAGCCUUGCGAUAUCCUCCGGAUGAUUAUCCUUUCAUCCUUGCUGACCAUUGGACAGAAUUUGUGAAAAUGCGGACGAAGGCCUCAUUCUUGGAAAAGCGUCGUGAGCAACAAGAGAGGCGCAGCUUGAAUAAGUAUCCUCAUAGAAUGUCCCGUAAGGGAUAUGCAGGGUUGGAGGAUGAGUUGGCUACCGGAAUGAGUGACGAAGAAGUUGAUAGGGCCACUUUGUGGAUAAAAGGACGGCAAACAAAGGAUGGCAGUUUCAAGGAUGAGGAGUCAAAAAGGACUGCUGAAAAGAUAGCAAACUUGAAGAGAAAGGUUGCUAGUGGAGAACUAAAUGCUGAAGGGACAAAUGAUAGUGCGUGGAAUAGGAGGUUUGUCACUCCCUCUACUUACUUCCACCUCCCUAAACGUAGAAAGGAGAGCAUAGAAGCUACUGUCAGAGUUAGUGUGCAGAAAAUAUUGUUAGAGGAGAGAGAGAAGAUAGUAGAGGAGGCAAGGGAGAGGAUAAUUGAGGAAGCGAAAGAAAAAAUACUUGCAGAUGAGCGGGCUAUGUGGGAGGCCAAGUUUGCUGCACUUGAAGCAAAGGUAAAUGGAAAAGAAGGUGCAACUAUUCAGCCACAUGCAUCUGGCCAAGGAAGUUGCUCAAGGACAGUAGAUGAGAUUGCUCAAGAAUCGGAUAAAGCUCCGUUGGAAGAAGUAGCAAACAUUGUGGAUGGAACUAAAAUUCGGAGCAUUUUUGAAGCAAUGGAAAACAACACCCUCAUACAUAAAAGGAAACGGACAAAGAUCGCUAAGGAAGGUAGGUUGGAUAAACGUCCUUGCUCCAACAGAGGUAAUGAGUUUCCCAAGUUGGUUGAGAAAGCAGUUGUCAAUCGUGAGGAUGUCACUGAGGCUGUUGAAGAAAAUGUCAAUCUGACCAAGGAGCCGGAGAAUGAGGAGGGGGUAGAAUACGUGGAUUUGACGAUGUGUCCACCCACAUCAAAGUCAAAGGUAGCUGAGGUUGAAUGCAAGUUGGCAAUAGGUUCUGUUGAACAUAUUGUUGCUUGUGCCACUGUUAUGGAGUGCGAGGAUCCUUCCCAACUUGUUCAUGGCACUCCACUAGGGAAUGGCAAUGUGCGCGUUUCUAUCUAUGCCGCGCUUGAGGAGAAAGCAAAAGUGCCAUUUCCUGUGAAAGAUGAAAUUGAAACAGUGAAGCAGGCUAUGGGGAGUUGGAUAGCAUGGCCUAAACACCUAGUCAUAAAAUCACAUCUCAAGAAACCUCCCAAGGAUAGUGCUGAAAAGAAGAAGAAAAGGAAAGAGAUAGGGGAAGAAGACUCGGAGAUUGAAUUUGGCUUGGCUAAAUUGGCACCAUCAUUACCAGCUUCAUUAAAGAUGUUAUGUUUGUGGGGUGAAGAUGCAUUCAAAGAUGGGAAUACAAUCAGCUUCUACAUGGAGCCUGAAGUGUUUGGAUUUUCUCGCAAGACUUAUAUAUUGGGAAAAGAUGUUCGGCGAUUGGCAAGCAUGAGGGAAUUAACUGGAACAUGCAUUGUAGUGUACCAGAGGUACCUCUAUGAUCAAUUGAAGGCUUAUAAAAUGCUUGACAUGGUUGCAUUUGUUGACCCUUCACUUGUUGGUGCUGUGGGGUGUGGGAAUGGAACUGUCAGGGCCCAACACAUCAAAGAAAGGCUUGCAACUGCUAAACCAGGACAGAUGUUCAUGUUGCCAUUUAACUCGGGUGAUCAUUGGACUUUAACACUUGUUGAUCCGGACAAACAAACCGCCUAUUUUAUGGACCCGCUAAAAAGACGCUUACCCACAGGAGAUUGGAUGUCUAUCGUGGAAACUGCUAUGCGUAUGUAUAAUGCUGAAAAGAAAAAGCAAGGCCGCAGUUCAGUCCAAUGGAAAAAUUUGGCUGGCAUUCCUCCCCAACCUAGCAACAAGGAGUGUGGAUACUUUAUCAUGCGAUACAUGAGAGAUAUCAUUGAGGAUAAAGACAUGUCAUUGUUUCCUAUGAAGUGGGAGAGGAGAGGCAGCAGCCAAUACACCCAAGCAGAUAUUGAUCAAGUGCGAAAUGAGUGGGGAAAAUUUGUUGUCAACACAUACGUGCAUGAGCCUUGAAGUAGUGCACUUGUUGCUGGUACAAUUUUGAUAAGGAAAGCAUCUUUUUUGUGCUUCUCUGCUGGUACAUUAUUGUCACGCACCAUGUGGCAUGUUUUGGAACAAUACAUAUAUGUGUAUCAGCUUUUUGAUGUCCCAAGUAGAUGGGCAUGCACUAGAAUGCUUUUCUUGUUUAAAAUGUUGGCUUUCUUAUUUGGAAAUGCACCUCUUUUGCUUUUGAAGUUUAAAGUAUUGGUUAGAUUACUCAUUUGAUGGUUUUCAAUAUUCGUGUUUGAUGGAGUACUGUCCAUUUGGUAAAUAGCCGAAAUGAAUGCACAAUCUAAUUCAGGUGAU